AUGGGGCCCAAAAUCACAGCAGCACUGACUCCUGAAUGUUCUUCCAGAACCCAGUGCACACUGCAGGAUCCAGAGAGGCUUUCAGGAGAGCUGCUCCAUGUGGCUGAACAUCUGGCCAACCUGAAGUUCACAGUCUGGGAGAAGAUGCAGGAGAUUGUUCAGUUUGCUCCUGUAACUCUGGAUCCCAACACUGCUCAUCCUAAACUCGUCCUGUCUGAUGAUCUGACCAGUGUGAGAUUCAGAGAUGAGAAGCAGCAGCUUCCUGAUAAUCCAGAGAGGUUUGAUAAGCUGGCGUGUGUGCUGGGCUCCGAGGGCUUUAACUCAGGGACGCACUGCUGGGAUGUUGAAGUGGGAGAUAAACUCUGGAUAUUGGGGGUGAUGACGGAGUCUGCUGAGAGGAAGGGAGAGAUUUUCUCCAGGAGUGGAGUCUGGUCACUGUGGUAUCUGAAUGGACAAUAUGCAGCAGGUUCGUCACCACAGCCUGGAACUCCCCUCUCAGUGGCCCAGAAUCUCCAGAAGAUCAGAGUGCAGCUGGACUGGGAGAGAGGAAAGCUCUCAUUCUCUGAUGGUCUAACUAACAGACACUUACACACAGUGUCCCACAGAUUCACUGAGAGGGUCUUUCCAUUGUUCAUGAAUGUCUGUAAAGUCUCUCCUAUGAAGAUCAUACCAGUGUUUAAAGACCCAGCACAGUCGCUUCUGCAUUUCAGUCAGAAAUAAAGAU